AUGAGUAUGCCAAACUGGCUCAACGACGUCCAGUCCUUCCCCAACAAUGACAAUGGAGCCUUCAAUCCUGCUGGCGACCCCUUUAUGCAGACCCCUACUACAUCGUCCUUCGAAUUCAACCAUUUGCAGAAUCAACAACUACACCAGCGCAUGCAGAAUGGAAAUGCGCGCAAUGGCUCCCCGGCAUAUAACCCUAUGUACCCGACUCAACCUCUAAUACCUUCUAAACGGCCUCGACCGCGAGAAGAUAGCAUAGGAGAGUCUCCUCGACAAAUUCCUGGCGUCCUCCCGGCAUCGCGCUCACAAACACCACAGGGAGUGUAUCCAGGCUAUCAAGGUGCUAUCAAUGGUAAUCAGCAGUUCUCUGGGACAUCAUCGUACCAGCAAUUCCAGCAAGCUGGCAGCAAUCCAAGUCAAUCACCCAUUAUGCCACAUCAGCCCUUUAACCAUCAACCCCCACAGCAGCACGUCCAGACCAUGUCACCUUCCCCUUUUUCUCCAGCCACUCAGAACUUCGGUGGCGCACAUCCGUCUCCCCCCCAGUCGGAACAUGGUAGCCGAGUGAACACCCCUCAGAAUGGAGGUCAGCAUUAUGCACAAGUAAUGCCAUACGGUGCAGGUCCUGGUCAGUCAUUCACUCCGCCGGUUGGCACAACAGUGAACGGUGCGGCUUUGUCUCAAUACAAUCAGCAAUCCCAGAAUCUUCAGCAACAACAGCUGAGGAUGCAACAAGAUGCCCUACGGAUGCGACAGCUACAGCAAUUUCGGCAGCAAGGCGGUGCACUGAACCAUUUAGCACAACCAUCGAAUCAUAUGUCUGCAGGCCAGAUCGCAGCGCUUCGCGCGCAGCAGGCGCCAUCACGACCAGAUAAUCAGGGUCAGCUCUUGCAAGCCAUUGCUCAAUUUAUGCAACAACAACAAAUGCAAUUCAUUGAUCGACCUUUAAUUGCAGGACGACACAUAAAUAGCGUGCAGCUGUUUGUUAAUGUUGUGAAGAUGGGCGGCUCCAAAAGAGUAAACAAUACUGGGCAAUGGCCAAAGAUUGCUCAAAUGCUAGGCUUAAUUGCAGAACAAUGUAUGUCUGCCGGUCGAGAACUUCAAAAUUACUGGCAUGCAAACCUGUUGCCGUACGAAACAUACAUGCAGACACAGCAGCAACAACGGCAGGCCAUGACAGAUCAUCAUACGAGGCUUUCCAACCACAACCAAGGUGGAGAUGGAAAUCUAAGACAGGAGGCGUUUUCUCCCACAAAGCAAAUACACAAUCAGCAGGGGCAGCAGCUUAUGCAACCCCCGCCGCACAUGCAUGCCCAGUAUCAAACACCUCAAAGGCACAUGAUCACUACACCGCAUGAAGCCAGGCCGGCGCUACAAAAUGGAUACAUGACCCAACAGCAGGGACAAGCUCAGGGGCGCCCAUCCAACAUUUACAGCAUGCCGCAACUCGGAAUGCAAGCUCCACCGCGCACGGGUCCCCCCAGAGAAGCCCAAAAGCCGUCCACAGCAGCCAAAAAAGAGGCAGACGCCAAUCGGAUACCGCAGAUAUCAGAAAAUAAGAAUUGGAGGCUUGAGCCCACGAUGGCAAACCUGGAUGAGCACAAAGUAUUCGAUGUGACAAGUCUCGACAAUGGAGACACAGCGCCAACUUAUGGGGGCAUCGAGUUGGCUCCUGCGUCAAAUUUUCUGGGAACUGUGGAUGAUCUACUAAAGUACAAGUUCAGCGUACCAAAGGUGGAAGAGCUUGGUGUAGUCGAUAUUCGGGCCCUGACUCUGUCUCUGCGUUCGGGCAUACAUGGAGAAGUGCGCCUCGCGCUAGACACGCUAGCUUCUCUAACCAUUGAACAAACUCCACCACUUCUCGAUAAUUGCGAGGAUCUGCUUGAGGCUUUGGUUGAUUGUGCGGAGGACCAAGUGGACCUGCUCGCGGACCACGCUGCCGAAGUCUCCGACGCCAUGCUCAUCAGCUCGUAUGAGGAGAUUGCAAGAGGCUGUAAGAUAGAAACUACCAUGCUUCAGGAUGUACCGGAAAUCGGCACUCUUGAAUACGAUCUUGAUCGGGCAGUUGACAGGCUGAUUUGCGUGACCACGAUACUCAGGAACUUCUCGUUCCUGGAGCACAACCACACAGCCUUGGCAGAUCCCACGGUGGUUCGAUUUAUGACCACUGUGAUCCGAUACCUUGGCACGCGUAGUAUGUUAUUACGCACAAACCUGAACGCUUUAGACUUCAGCAAAGAUGUUCUCACAUUUCUCACCAACGUAUCUCAGCGUAUCGACUUGCCAGGGAAAGAGGAAGCUUUGUGCAUACUCCAUUUCUUGCUGUCCUUCGCGCCAUCGCCUGCGCCUCAUAACGCUGAGGACGAAGAGAUCACCUUUUCCUCCUACAUCCCAGCAAUCCAUCGCUACUUUCCACACGCUGUCGACAGCUUGGCGAAACUACUCGCUCGGGGUGAUCCGAAUCGAUCCUUCUAUAGAUCAAUAUUUGCCGCAGACAGUGCUUCUAACCCACCAUACGAUCUGCUGACUCGGGCUUUCGGUCUGGCCAUAGCUGCGAUACCCGAAUAUGGACAUGUCAACACUGCAGGUCUCGUCAAGCUCCGCGCCCCCUAUCUCGUGCAAGGUCUGCUGGCCGCGGAAAUAAUCGUUAGCCUGAUACCAACCUCGGAGCAUGAGCUCGCAUACGCAUGGCUUACAUCUCGGGAUGGCUUUAUCUUCAGUCUAACAAGGAUGGUGUCCGAAUUCAGCAGACAGCCGCAGCCUUCAUCCCAACAGCGGCAUGUUUCCGGUCGAAUGCAGGAUAACGAUCCCAAUGGUAUCAUCGCGAUCACCAAUCGUGGGCUUGCGGUCCUGAGGAAGCUCGCCGAGAAAGCGAAGGAUGCGCUUGGCAGUGCAAAAGGACUGCCACCCGAAGUGAUGCCUGACAAACGGAGUGUCCUUUCAGCUUUAGUGCAAGCCAACACGGUGGAUAUUACUGUAGCGAUGCUAUGUGGUCUUUCUGGUUUGGAUGCCUAA